AUGCUUUCAUUUGAGGAAGUAAAGUCUUCUUUAGAACAUGCAGGACAGUCUCAUAUUCUGCAAUUUUGGCCCGAACUUUCUGGGGAUGACAAAAGCACAUUUCUGGUCGAGUUGUCUCAGUUGGACUUGCAUGAAUUGCGCGAGCACUGUGAACUGGCCGCGGAGUCUGCUAAAGCUGGUCAUUCCGCAACAGCCGCUGACCAGGAAAUUGAGCCAGUAUCUUCAGAAUUCAUCGGGAGCAUUCGGAAGAGUGAUCAAACCGCUUUAACUGGCUGGGAAAAUGAAGGUAGGCUACUGUAUUCUCAAUAGGGUACUGUAUUCUCGAUAUGAGAAAAGUAAACACUCAACUAGCUACUUUAAAGGGAAAUCAGCAAUUUAACAGUAACAAAGUAGUCCCCGCCUCGGGAUGGUGCUGGAGAAAAUGUAACCUCUCUUAAAUUCAUAGACAGCGAUAUGGGAUGCAAGGACUGACCAUCCACGAUAUUAAAAUUAUAGUUGUAAGCAUGUUUUGAGGCUAUACGGUGUUUUUUAUAUUAUUUUUUUAACAAUGUGUAGAAACAUUGGAAUAGUUAGCCAAGCGUUUAAAGAGCGUUGGGCCAGUAACCGAAAGGUUGCUGGUUCGAGUCCCCGAGCCGAUUAGGUGACAAAUCUGUUGAUGUGCCCUUGAGCAUGGCACUUCAUCCUAAUUCCUCCUGUAAUUCGCUGUGGAUAAGAGCGUCUGCUAAAUGACUAAAAUGUAAAGUUAGUAAAACAAGUGUAUAUUUUUGGGGCUCUGAUGGGGUACCACAGUUGAACUAAUCUUAUGAGGCAUUUAUAAAUUAUAUUAUUCAAGAAUCAAUGGGUAACGUUAAUUAUAAAUCAAAAAUUGUAUGUAGUAACUGCAAAUUGCCCCUUCAAAUAAUUAAAAUUAUUCAAUAGUCUAUGUGAAAGUCACUCAACUUUGCUUCACUUGGAAUUGUCGCGUGACUUGCGUCAAACUUUUAUUUUGUAUUUUAUUUUAUUUAACCUUUAUUUAACUAGGCAAGUCAGUUGAGAACAAAUUCUUAUUUACAAUGACGGCCUACUAGAGAAUUUGAGAAGUAGCUAAUGCUCCUGUAACCAAAUUGUAACAUAUAUAUAUAUAUAUAUAUAUAUAUAUAUAUAUACACAUUUUUUUAGCAAAGGCCUUUAUUUUCUGCUAAAUCCCACAUCCCACUGUAAGCAAGUGUUCUCGCGAGCUUACACGAGAUCAGGAUCUUCGUACGAGGCUACAAAGAUGUGUAGGCUAUCAUCUGAUCUACAUUUACAUUUUAGUCAUUUAGCAGACGCUCUUAUCCAGAGCGACUUACAGUUAGUGAGUGCAUACAUUUUUCAUACUGAUCAUAGCGAAUGUAGAUUAUGUAAAUCAACUAGUUAUCUAGCUAGCUAGUUUGAUGGGUAAAUCAUUUAAAUAACAAGAGAGAAAAUAAUGAAAACAUUUAAUAAUACAAAAAACUCUCAUAGGAGGGCAAAAGGGCAGGUGCUCAGGUACCCUUAGACCUCUGUCUGUGCAUGUGCCUGGGUCCCACUGUAAUUUGAAUGUAUGGCAAUUACACUUCACUUACAUUUUGAUCAAGCAUAGGUCAGGGAUUCCCAAAAUUGUAUUUUUUGUUAUAAUGGUAAAUUAGGACUGUCAGGCCACUGUAGGUCACCAAAAUAGCAGCUACAUUACUCUAUAAAACCACAGCAAAUGCAAAUAUUGAUACUAACACCUGUUUGGUGAUUGGUUAAAGUCAGUGUCACACUUGUUUCUUUGGUUUGUCUGUGUUCUGUCAUGGUCCUGUAAUGAUCGUUUUUUCCCCUCUGGUAUUCCCCUUUACAGGGUUUUUGCAAAUCUCCCAGAACAGAGUGGCUGUGCUGCUGUUGGCUGGUGGCCAGGGGACCCGUCUUGGGGUUCCAUACCCCAAAGGGAUGUACAAUGUGGGUCUCCCGAGCAGCAAAACUCUGUAUCAAAUCCAGGCAGAGCGCAUCCGCAAAAUACAGGAGCUGGCGAAUGCAAAGCAUGGAUCAAAGUGCACAGUAGCAUGGUAAGAUCUCAUGGCGGUCAAUUGACUGCUCUCAUUUUAUGAGCUGGCAAAAUGUCAAUUCAAUGCAAUAUGUGCAGAAUCAGAUGCAUUUCCAAACACAUGAGCAAAACAAAAUAAAAAAACAGUGCUCUUAAACUGCAGAUCACACACUACUAUAUUUGCAAACUCCAAAGUUCUCAAUUUGACUGACCGUUCCUUCUCUCUGACAUUGGUUUUCCUCUCUGUGCUACUGUUCUGCCAUCAUCAGGUACAUCAUGACCAGUGAGUUUACCCUGGAUCCCACCAAGAAGUUCUUCCAGGAGAAUAAGUACUUUGGUCUGGAUCCGUCUGACGUGGUCAUGUUCGAGCAAAGGAUGAUCCCUGCUGUGACCUUUGAUGGAAAGGUCAUCCUACAGGACAAAGGGAAGAUAGCUAUGGCCCCAGGUAAGAAAAUGGCUGGCAGAGUGGGUUGGCAGAUUAAAGUGAAGUUUUUGUUAAAGCAGGAAUGUGUAACUUUUGGGGCGACCCGACCAAAUUCAUAUAGAAAUCUGAGUUAUAGAUCUGUCACUCAUUGAAAGCAAGUCUAAGAAGCAGUAGUUCAUUUCUAUGUGCGCUAUUUCUAUGCUUCCCGUUCUUAAAUUUCCGAUUUGCGUCUUUUACUUUCGGUUUUGUACACCGGUUUCAAACAGCUGAAAAUACAAUAUUUUUCGUUAUGGAAAACAUAUUUCACAGAUGUUUAGAUGGUACAAUGAUUCUCUACACAAUGACUGCUUGUUUUGUCACAUCAACUGAAAUUUGGCUAACUAUUAGAAUUUUAACAACCAGGAAAUGGCAGAGCAAUUUCUGCAUAUUGCAUCUUUAAUGCAAUUUAGUUGAUAGGGGCAGUGCAUAUGAAUCCAUUUCUCUAUUUUCCAUCUCGCUAACCUUCAGAUGGAAACGGUGGCCUGUACCGAGCUCUGGUGGAUAACAAGGUCCUUGAGGACAUGGAGAAGAGGGGUGUGGAGUACCUCCACAUCUACUGUGUUGACAACAUCCUGGUCAAAAUGGCCGACCCCAUCUUCAUUGGUUUCUGCGUGAGUAAAGGAGCAGACUGCGGUGCCAAGGUAAACGAAAGGCAAUCAUCACAAUCACAGUGUAAUCAUGCAGGCAUGUUUUCCUGAUCCAUACUUGUGGGACUCAGUUAUUAGGUUAUGUACUUGUUAUAACUUGGUUAUAUGCAUGUUAUUUAUAUGCACGUUUGGUUCUACGUUCUUAAGAUUUCAAAUGUUAUGACAGUUGACGUGACUAUUUCCAGGUGGUUGAGAAGACGUACCCAGCAGAGCCAGUGGGCGUAGUCUGCAAGGUAAAGGGAGUGUACCAGGUGGUGGAGUACAGCGAGCUCCGCCCAGAGACGGCCGAGCAGCGAGACCCAGGAGGAGAGCUGGUGUACAGCGCAGGAAACAUCUGCAACCACUUCUUCACACGGACCUUCCUCAACGAAGUGGCACAGUGAGUGAGAUGAAGAGAUGCAUACAUGUCAUGUGCACAACACUUCAGUUAGAAUAAUAAUAAGAAGAAAAAUGAACAAAAUUCUUGCUGAAAGUAAUGGGGCAUUGCAUUGGUUCAAUAAAUUAAAUGAAUACAUUAAAUUAAAUGAACAUUAAUUACUGGAAUGGAAUGAGUUUUAAUUACAUGGACCCCACUCCUGCACAAUUUUGCACACUGUCACUGUCUUGUUAUAUUGCAUUGCUGAUACGACUGUCUGGGCCAAACAAACUGUUAAUCACAAGUUGAUAAUGUUUUCCAUUCAUCCGCCUAUCUCCUCAGGAAGUUUCAGGGCCAGCUGAAGCAGCACGUGGCACUUAAGAAAGUCCCUUUUGUGGACAGAGAAGGAAACCUGGUGAAACCCACCAAGCCCAAUGGGAUCAAAAUGGAGAAGUUUGUUUUUGAUGUCUUUCAGUUUUCAAGGUGAAAUUCUAAUUUUGUGACUGAUUUGCAGUACACAAUUUUCCUACAGUUUCCGAUAUUUUACUGAUAUUCUACAUUUACAUUUGAGUCAUUUAGCAGACGCUCUUAUCCAGAGCGACUUACAGGAGCAAUUAGGGUUAAGUGCCUUGCUCAAGGGCACAUCGACAGCUUUUUCACCUAGUCGGCUCGGGGAUUAGAACCAGCAACCUUUCGGUUACUGGCACAACGCUCUUAACCACUAAGCUACCUGCCGCCCAAUUCUAGACAAUUUUACUAACGUUACAUAAUAAUCAUAAAAUGACUGCUUAUUUUAAAACAAUCACACAAAACACCAAAAUGAGACAUUUUCCUCCUGACAUCGGCAGGAAAUUUGUGGCAUUUGAGGUUCUGAGAGAGGAAGAAUUCUCACCAUUGAAAAAUGCUGAUGGGGCACCUCUGGACACUCCUACCACAGCCAGACGAUCCUUACUGGCACAGCACUACCGCUGGGCGAUGGCUGCAGGAGCCAGCUUCCUGGAUGCCCAAGGGAAGGCCCUAACUCCUAGACCCAGGUGGGAGCGAGCCUUACUCUACAUAACAUAUAGGGAUCUCAAUGGGGAUUGGAGGGUGUGUGUGUGUGCGCGUGUACACGUGUGCGCUUAUCUCACCAAUAAAUCACAGUUGGGUUUAUAAACUCAGCAAAAAAAGAAACAUCCCUUUUUCAGGACCCUGUCUUUCAAAGAUAAUUCGUAAAAAUCCAAAUAACUUCAUAGAUCUUCAUUGUAAAGGGUUUAAACACUAUUUCCCAUACUUGUUCAAUGAACCAUAAACAAUUAAUGAACAUGCACCUGUGGAACGGUCGUUAAGACACUAAUAGCUUACAGACGGUAGGCAAUUAAGGUCACAGUUAUGAAAAUGUACGACACUAAAGAGGCCUUUCUACUGACUCUGAAAAACAACAAAAGAAAGAUGCCAAAGAUGCCAGCACUUUUUGCCAGUCCUGUCUGGUCCAGCGAUGGUGGGUUUGUGCCCAUAGGUGACGUUGUUGACGGUGAUGUCUGGUGAGGACCUGCCUAACAACAGGCCUACAAGCCCUCAGUCCAGCCUCUCUCAGCCUAUUGAGGACAGUCUGAGCACUGAUGGAGGGAUUGUGCGUUCCUGGUGUAACUCGGGCAGUUGUUGUUGUCAUCCUGUACCUGUCCCGCAGGUGUGAUGUUUGGAUGUACCGAUCCUGUGCAGAUGUUGUUACACGUGGUCUGCCACUGCGAGGAUGAUCAGCUGUCCGUCCUGUCUCCCUGUAGCACUGUCUUAGGCGUCUCACAGUACGGACAUUGCAAUUUAUUGCCCUGGCCACAUCUGCAGUCCUCAUGCCUCCUUGCAGCAUGCCUAAGGCACGUUCACGCAGAUGAACAGUGACCCUGGGCAUCUUUCUUUUGGUGUUUUUCAGAGUCAGUAGAAAGGCCUCUUUAGUGUCCUACGUUUUCAUAACUGUGACCUUAAUUGCCUACCGUCUGUAAGCUGUUAAGUGUCUUAACGACCAUUCCACAGGUGCAUGUUCAUUAAUUGUUUAUGGUUCAUUGUACAAGCAUGGGAAACAGUGUUUAAACCCUUUACAAUGAAGAUCUGUGAAGUUAAUUGGAUUUUUACUAAUUAUCUUUGAAAGACAGGGUCCUGAAAAAGGGACGUUUCUUUUUUUGCUGAGUUUAUUUACACGUUAAGUUUGCUGAAACUAAACGCAGUUGACAGUGGGAGGACGUUUCUUUUUUUGCUGAGUUUAUAAAUUGCAAGCAUCCUUCAUUUUUUCCAAUAUGUUGUUCUGUCCAGCACCUGAACCAUUGGGAUAAUGAUCUAUUUCCUUUUUCACAUUCUUGUUAGGGAUGAAGACCCACCAGCUGUCUGUGAGAUCUCCCCGCUGGUGUCUUUCUUCGGAGAGGUGAGGCCACAACAACAGUUCCUAUGUGAUGUCACUUCCUGCCCUUAUUUUCUGCUAUUGGAGUCUCCUAACAAUAUGACCAUUAAAAUGUCACCUGCAUGGUCCAGUGUUGAGCUUCUCUGUAGGGUUACACUACACGGAGCAGUUACUUCACCACUCUAAUAUUGUUAAUGUGCACUCAUGGCAAAUUAGGAAAGUGUUCUGUUUGGGUGGUGGUUAUUUUUUAUUUUUUACUCUGAAUGCACACUUUCAAAUAAAUCCUUCAUUGAUGUCAAUGGGAGACUUGGACCAAAUAAAAUUGAGCUAAGUGCGUGGCUCUCAAAUUUAAAAAAAUGCCCUGCACAUGCACUUAUAUGAGGGAAAUGUCGCUCGAAGUAUGGGAGGAGUUAGUGUGAAUAGAUCAUGCAAAUCAUUACAAGGACACCUAUCGCAUUAUGGUCCCCUCUCACAGACUCCAGUCAGUCUAAACUGCUCUGUCAAGUAUGGCAGACUAAAGCUGCUCUCUCCAUAUCUGCUCUCUCCAUGUCUGUCUCCCACAGGGUUUGGAGCAGCUGCUGGGACAGAAGGCCCUGACGACCCCCUUCCUUCUGGAUGAGGACAGGGCAAAGGAACUCCUCCAGGCCCAGUAG